AUGGGGAACAAGUCGUCGAAGCUACCGCCACAGGAUCUCGAAUCGCUGACCAAAGACACUUACUUUGACAGGAGGGAGAUUAAGCAGUGGUACAGGGGAUUCCACAAGGACUGUCCGAGUGGCGAGCUCGACGAGCGCAGCUUUGCAGAAAUCUACAAGCAAUUCUUUCCAUUCGGCGACCCUUCCAGCUUCUCGAAGCAUGUUUUCAAGGUAUUUGAUACUGAUCGUAACGGGCGAAUCAAUUUCAAAGAGUUCCUCUCCGCCCUAUCUGUCACUAGCAGGGGCAAGCUCGACGAGAAACUGAAAUGGGCUUUCCAGCUGUACGAUAUAGACGACGAUGGUACGAUAACGUAUGACGAAAUGCUCACUAUCGUGCGGUCUAUCUACCUCAUGUCAGGCACUAUCGUAAAACUACCUGAAGAUGAAAACACUCCCGAGAAACGCGUCAGCAAGAUAUUCGCUGCUAUGGAUAAGGAUAAGAACAGCUCACUCGAUUAUAACGAGUUUGUUGAGGGUUCUAAGAAAGAUGAAACUAUCUUGCAGGCUCUGAGCUUAUACGAUGGCCUGGCCCCACCAGCAGAACCAGAAUUCGAGCAAGCUCUUCACGAGGUCGAAAGCACUUUGGCUCCUCUCUUUGAAAAGCAGCCGGAGUACAAGAAGGCUCUCAAAGUGAUCCAAGUCCCAGAACGUGUCAUCCAAUUCCGCGUUCCAUGGGAGAACGACAACGGUGAAGUUGAAGUCAAUAUCGGUUACAGAGUCCAAUUCAACUCUGCUCUCGGUCCAUACAAGGGUGGCUUGAGAUUGCACGAAACUGUCAACCUUUCCAUCUUGAAGUUCCUUGGAUUCGAACAGAUCUUCAAAAACGCCUUAACUGGCUUGCAGCUUGGUGGUGGCAAGGGUGGUUCCUGCUUUUCGCCAAAGGGCCGCUCGGAAAAUGAAAUCCGCCGUUUCUGUCAGUCCUUCAUGACUGAAUUGUCAAAGCACAUUGGUCAAGACACUGAUGUUCCAGCUGGUGACAUUGGUACCACUGGUCGUGAAGUAGGCUACAUGUUCGGCCAAUACAAGAGACUCCGUAACGAGUUCACCGGUAUUCUCACCGGUAAGGCUCUCGCAUGGGGUGGAUCCCUUAUCAGACCAGAAGCCACUGGUUACGGUGUUGUCUACUAUGUUGUUGAAAUGCUCAAGUACUUUAACGAGACUGUUAAGGGCAAGCGUACCCUCGUUUCUGGCUCCGGUAACGUCGCUCAAUACGCUGCACUCAAGGUCAUUGAGCUCGGUGGCUCGGUCCACUCUCUCUCCGACUCAAGGGGCACCGUCAUCUCUGCAAGUGGAUUCACUCCAGACGAAAUUUUCGAAAUUCAAGACCUCAAGGCCAAAUUUGGUUACCUUAACGACUGGGUUAAGUCGAAAGGUGAUAAAUUCGUUUACCACGCCGGUGCACGUCCAUGGACUCUUGUCGACAAGGUUGACAUUGCGCUUCCAUCUGCCACCCAAAAUGAGGUCUCUGGCGAUGAAGCCAAGGCACUCAUCAAGGCAGGUUGCAGAAUUGUCGCUGAAGGAUCAAACAUGGGCUCAACACAAGAGGCCAUCGAUGUCUACGAGUCAACCCUUCAAACCGACAAGCCAUUGUGGUAUGGUCCAGGUAAGGCUGCCAACUCUGGUGGUGUUGCUGUGUCUGGUCUCGAAAUGGCUCAAAACUCAGCAAGAAUCCAAUGGACUGCUCAAGAUGUUGAUGCUCGUCUCGAAAUCAUCAUGAAGGAGUGCUUCCAGAACUGCUUUGAAGUCGGUCAGAAGUAUGGUGCUGGUAGGGGUUACCCAUCCCUCGUCACCGGUGCCAACAUUGCUGGAUUCUUGAAGGUUGCUGAUGCUAUGAAGUCUCACGGUGACUGGUACUAA